CUUUCUUCCCCGGAAACGAAUGCGUUUAGUUCAACUGUGCGCUUUUGUGUGUCUUUUUAGGUUGGUUCAUGCUGCGGAUUUUACAGAAGAAUAUGAAGGUGUUGUUUGCCAUUGCUUUAAUCACCGGUUCGGUGAUCUUUUUGCUUUUCCCCAAUGGAUCUGUAGCUGACGAGAAGAAGAAAGGUCCGAAAGUCACACAUAAGGUUUAUUUUGACAUGAGGAUUGGAGAUGAAGAUGUUGGGAGAAUUGUGAUUGGCCUGUUUGGAAAGACUGUCCCCAAGACCGUUGAAAAUUUCGUAGCACUGGCAACAGGAGAAAAAGGAUUUGGCUACAAGAGCAGCAAGUUCCAUCGUGUGAUCAAAGAUUUUAUGAUCCAAGGUGGAGACUUUACUCGCGGAGAUGGAACAGGAGGAAAGAGCAUCUAUGGGGAUCGUUUCCCAGAUGAGAACUUCAAGCUGAAGCAUUAUGGACCUGGCUGGCUGAGCAUGGCAAAUGCUGGCAAAGACACUAAUGGCUCCCAGUUCUUUAUCACAACUGUACAGACACCUUGGCUUGAUGGCAAGCAUGUGGUCUUUGGCAAAAUCCUUGAAGGAAUGGAUGUUGUUAAGAAGAUCGAAGGGACCAAAACCGAUGGGCGAGACAGACCACUGAAAGAUGUCAUCAUUGCUGACAGUGGCAAAAUUGAAGUGGAGAAGCCAUUUGCAGUCGCCAAGGAAUAAACUGUAAUAAUACCUCAAAAUGGCAGUGCGCUCGAUCCACUGUGGAUUGGUCGUUUCUCAAAAGCGGCAAAGGGUUCAUCCACUUGCGUUGGCUUCUAUUGACCAUACCUGCUAAGAGAGACGAGUGAAGUCAUUUAAAAUAAAACAAAAAUUACACCAAGUUAAACAGUAUUGUUGGUUAUAAAAGGGCUUGUUUUUUUUUUUUUCUUCUGUAAAAUCUUAAGGCCCAUUUUCAAAAGGCAGUUAAAUGAGUGAGAUCAAUAGAUUUUGUACAAAGAAAAGCGACAAAUAAAACAAUGUUUUGGUACAA